AUGGCGGCGCGUGAUUCUGAAGACGACACCAAAUACCUGUCGGAGAUGAUUUUGCACCGACACACCGCUUUGAAUCGCGUACAAGAAGAUCUUAAAGCGAUUCAUGAAGUAUUCCAACAACAGAUCAGCGUGGCAGCCAUGAUGCAGUUGCAGUGGAACUAUUUAAAAACUGAGGAAAGUUUCAUGCUUGGAACGCCCGCGUCGAAGAUCAGAACCAUUUCCAAGCAAAUGAAGGAGUUGCUGCGGACCAAAGAGAAGAUAUCGCGUAUGGGAGUUCGCUUCAUUUAUACGAGCCAGUAUUACAAGGAAGUCGCACAUCUUGGAGAAAGACAUGUCAACGUGUCAGUCAAAGAAUGGGACAAGGAAGUCGAGAGCAUGCUGCUUCAGCUUGACAAGAACAAGAAACGAUUUGAAGAAGUCAUCAACGAGAUGGAAUUCGAGUUGGAAAAGGCUGAGAAGGACUUCAAUGAAGGCCCAUGCCACACUAACGCUGAACACAUCAACAAAUUGUUUCGCAGAGCUUUCGAGAACCUGACGGCUUCAGACAAGGAUGACGCUGAUAAACGAUUUGCUGAUGUUCAGAAGAAAAUCGAGGAGCAGUCGGAAGAAAUCUCGCGUAUUAAGCAGAUCUUGGAUCAACCGAAGAAGGUAGCCGAACCAAACGAGGACGAGGAAAUGAGCGACGAUGCUUACUGGUCGCGUAUGGUCCAAGAAGUGCAAGUGAAUGAAGUAAAUCAAGAUCCACCCGAGCUCGCGCCUGAUGACGAUGUCGAGGGAGACUGGGAAAUGCGAUCAGAGGAUGGUACAGAAGAGACGAUCGAAGAAGUAAACCCAGGAAGGAAAAACGACCGCGUUGUUGAAGUGGUGCGCCCAGAGCAAAGCUCGAAAUCGCGUCACUGGGACUACGAACAAAGGGAAGAGAGAGCUCAGGAGAGCUCACAGAACGAACUCAAAUACAGGAUUUACUGGAUGGAAAGAGAUCUUCAGAACUUUCCUUACAGGAAGAAAGAGUGGCGUUCUCCUAAUAUGAAGAGAAGACUGACAUGCGCGUUUUGCGACGUGGAGGGAGAACACUUCUCCGAUUCAUGCCCCACGAUAACAAAUGGAAAUCAACGAUGGAACAUAGCCCUGGAAAAGAAAUACUGCCAGUACUGCCUGGCACGAUGUGGCAAUUCGAAAGACUGUGAAUCCAGAAACAAAAGUUGCUACUAUUGUGAUCGCGUAUCACGCACUUCCUUUGAGUAUUUCAUUCCGGAUGACCACGGUCACAACACGGCAUUAUGCAAUAUUCCGGACCGAAAGGCAGAUGCACACGAGUUUUGGAAAUGCCCAAGGGGAAUUAUACGAGCUAGAGGAAGAGCUAUAUGCAUUGGAACGCGAUAA